AACAAAUACACCCGGAAGUGACGUUUUCUACAGCGUCUGAGCGGGUGGUUCAAGUUUUGAAGUAACAUGGCGAUAUUUGUGUAUCUCUCUGCAAAGUGUUAAACGAAGUUAGUUACAGCAGGGUGAGAAACCCAUCAUGGCCAAUGGAGAGCUUAGUUUGAUUGAUAAGAACAUUUCAAGUUUAUUAGAGGUUCCAUUGAGGCUCACUAUCACAUCUUUAAAUCUUCACUGUAAUCGACUGUCAAAGAUCGAAGGGUUGGCAACAGCAUGGCGUUUACGACAUUUGGACCUUUCCUCAAAUCACAUUGCUCGUAUCGAGGGCCUUGGUGUCCUUUCCUCAUUGCGUACCUUAAACCUGUCAUGUAACAGUAUCACAACGGUGGAAGGUCUUAACGGACUUGUAAACCUUACAAGGCUCAACUUGGCUUAUAAUCAAAUAAACGACCUCACUGGUCUCUUACAUCUGCAUGGAACUGAAUUCAAAUUAAAACACCUUCAGCUUCAUAGUAAUCGACUGGAUAACAUGAAUCAUCUGCUGCAAUGUAUGGUGGGACUGCACAAUCUGAGAGAUGUCACUCUCAGAAUGGAUGGUGCUGAUAAUCCUGUCUGUCGUCUACCAGGCUACAGGGAUAUGGUGCUGCAGCCUUUGCAACAAAUCUCCACGCUAGAUGGAGAAGAUAGAUUGGGAAAUCCCACUUCACCGAAGGAUGACAGCCCGUUGGACAUCCCAGGACUGGAGGAUUUUGUGGAGUUUCUGAUUUCAACAGACACUAGUGUGAAUGUCGAGCCGGUGAAGGUCCUAUCAGAUGCUUCUUUCCCCACUCCGAGGAUCGACGAUGUUCUGACACAGUUUCGGCAUCGCAAUAGAGUUUUAACCGUGCCUGCUGAAACACAAGUUCAGGAGCGCUCAGGGAACCAGAUAAAUGAGCUCCGGAUUAAAAAGUUGGAGCAGCAGGUGUCCCAACUUUUCCAGAAGUCUCCAGGUGCUGACGGCUGUAACGCGAGCUCUGCAUUGAUGUCUGUGGUACAGAAGGCAAAAAGGGACACGGAUCUCACAUCAGAGAGUGAGUAUGACAGCACAAACGAGAAACUGCAGCAUUCCAGUGUCCGCCGGACCAAAAUCCCAACAGCGAGGAAGCUGGGAAAAGGCAAACAGUCUGACAGUGAAGCAAACACACAAAAGCCCAGGAGUUUAAAGUACACUGCUGGCUCUGGGCAGAGGGCAACAGUACAACCUGUGGGUGUAACAGAAAGAACAAAGAAAGGCCCCAGAGCUCGCCAGGUGACUCCAGAUAAAAACUUUAAAGACACACAACAGGAGACUUACAGGGUGAUAGUGGAAGAGCGGGAUCAGGAGCGGGAACGGCGCUGGAAGGCAGAACAGGCUGCGAAGAAGCUUACAGAGCAGGUGAAGGGGCUGCAAACACGGGCCACAGAAGAGAAAGAACUCCAGAGCCUGGCCUUGCACACAACUGAUAGGCUGAAGGAGUUGUUGCUAAAGGAACGUUCAGAGCGGUCAGCACAUCAGUCUCGAGCGGAGGAGCUGGAGGAACGAUAUACAAACGCAGCACAACAACUAGAGCAACUGCGCAGCCAUGAGGCACAAUACAAGGAGGCACUUCACAGUUUGCAGGAGAGUGUCUCCCAACAAGAGGCCCUCAGGGCCACUCAGCAGGUUGAGGAGAUGAAGAGAAAGCAAGAGCUGGAGAACAGAUGCGCUGUUCUGAAGAGAGAGGUGGAAAUACUUAGAGCAUCUGUGCGGCAGCAUAAAGAUAAGCUACAGCAACUGCAAGAGCUCCUGACCUCGAGAGAGGAAGCACACAGGAAGGAGCUGGCUUCACGGCUAAUUCCAGGUAGUGCUGAAUUUCGCGAAGCUGUGUCGAAGGAAGUGGAGGCUGUGGAGCAGAGACACUCUCAGAGACACCGUGAGGUGGAGCAGAAACUGGUUGAUGCACAGCACCAGUAUGCCACCCUGGAGGAUGAGUUCCGCAUGGCUCUAACCAUCGAAGCCAAUCGCUUUUCGGAGGUGAAAGAGGGCUUUGAGCAGGUUUCUGCUGAGCUUGCCGAGGUGAAGAUAGCUUUGACCUCAUCUCAGCAGAGAGGGAAGCAGUCAGGGUCUCUAGUGCAGGAGCUCACAAAUAUGGUGAAGGAGCAGAAAACUCGCAUAGCUGAGCUGAUCAAAGCCAAACGUGAUGCUGUAACAGAUUUAAAGGCAAGAUUGCGGACUCUGGAGGCAGGAGCAGAGGAGGACAGGCGUAUAAACAUUCAACUGGAACUUCUGAAGAAGGACAAAUCCAAGCUGCUCUCACAGCUCUCUGCUCAGGAAAGUGUGAUAGAAGGACUCAGAGCGGAGAGAAGACUCUGGGGACAGGAGCUUGCCCAGCAAGGAGCAUCUCUUGCCCAAGACCGAGGUCGCUUGGAAGCCAAAAUUGAGGUCCUGACAACUGAGCUGGAGACCCAGAAGAAGCAGAAUCAGAGAGACAACGACUCACUAAAGAUCAAAACAAAGAUAGUGGAUGAUCAAACAGAGACAAUACGAAAGCUAAAAGAGGCAGUGCAGGAAAGGGAUGAGCAGCUACGUGCUUUGCGUGAGGAGAAUCUGCAGGUACAGAGAAGGUUCCAGAAGGAGCUGGAGGAUGAGACGGCUUCAGCAGCAAAGCUCCGAGAUGCCGUGGACAAACUCAGUCUCAGAAAAGAUGAGCUCAAGCAACAGCUCCUUGACAAGGAGGCUGAGAUGGAUGAGCUUAAAGAUGCAUACAGUGCCUCGAGUCGGAAAUGGCAGGAUAAAGCAGACUUGCUGACCAAACUGGAGCAGCAGGUGAAGCGUAUGAAGGAGGGUUUCGAUGCUAAAGAGAAAGCACUACUGGAAGAAAAGGAUAAAGCUGUCCAAGCACACAAGGCAGCGGUGGAGAAACUUCACUGUGUCGAUGAUGCUUUCCGUAGACAGCUGGAGUCCCUGCAGGCUUCUCAUCAGGCUGAGCUGAUCCGAUUGGCUUUUGACAAGCAGAAACAAAUAGAACAGGCCAAUCAGAGGGUGUACCAGGUGGAGGAAGAAAUGAGGCAGCUGCUGGAAGAAACGGAGCAAAACAAACUGGCAACGGAGGAGAAAAUGAGGCGCCUCACCAGUGUGCUCAAAGACUUCUAACCACAUCGCUCUGUUUUUAAAUCAUUAUAAAACGUACACAAGUC